CCUGUGCAAGUGCCUGAAGAACGCUCUCCAGCAACUCUCGCAUUGCACGGGAGCUGCUCAGUGGGGGAGACAGCUGUAAAAUGACAACUGAAGCCUGGACUGUCAGUUACGAAGCAUCUUCUGCUGUCUACUGGGAUUAUAAUCCCCUCCAAGAUACCUGCCCACCACAGGACCUACCCUAUGCUUGUGUCUACAUUCCCAUCCUCUACUUCAUCACUUUCUUCAUUGGUUUCAUUGGCAAUCUCUUGGUGAUUGUGCUGAUGGCCAAGAAGAGAGGAAGCAAGAGGCUGGUGGAUACCUUUGUCCUGAAUCUGGCUGUCGCCGACCUGGUCUUUGUCCUCACCUUGCCUCUCUGGGCAGUGUCAGCAGCUCAUGGUAACAAGUGGUACUUUGGUGAAAGCCUGUGUAAGUUCAGCAGCUUUAUCAUCUCUGUGAACCGCAGCUCCAGCAUCCUGUUUCUAAUGGGCAUGAGCGUGGAGCGUUACCUGGUGGUCAUGAAGCGUGUGGACUCCAAGUCUACUGGGACCAAGAACUGUCUGAUCAUUGCCUGUGGUUGCAUCUGGGCUGUCUCUCUCCUCCUAGGCAUUCCUUCUCUGAUGUAUCGGAAGCUCAGCCUCUCAGAGGAUACCACUGGUGAAUUGUGCGAGGAUGAGGACUCUGUCGCCUUCCAGGUGCUCAGCCUGGCUUUGCUCAUCUUGACCUUUCUCCUGCCCUUGGGAGUGAUCUUAUUCUGCUAUUGCUCCAUCUCCUUCAAGCUGCUGAACCACAUCAGGCUGGGAAAGGGGACGAAGAACUCCCUCCAGAUCAUCUUCACAAUCAUUGGUGCCUUCAUCUGCUGCUGGCUGCCCUUCAAUGCCUUUAAAGCGUUCCUCUUCUUCUCCUCCAUGUUCCAGGGAGCAGAUCUGUCUUGCUGGGCAUUAAUGGCUCUCAGGAGGGGCCUGACCAUCAGUGCUUGCUUGGCCUUCAUGAACAGCUGCGUAAAUCCCAUCAUAUAUGCCUUGAUGGAUCGCCAUUUCCGACGCCAGGUGCUGCCACAACGGCUCCGGGUCUGUGGUGCUUUCCAGGAGACAAGGCAAACCUCGGGCUUGUCCUUCUCAUCCACUACUGAGUCCAGCCUCAUGUUCGCCAGCCGGAACAAGCCAUCAUCACCAGCAUCCAUUUGGCCAGAGAUGUAAGAGGGGACGGGUAGGUUUACAAGCUUCUACCCUGUGGGGUGAGGCAGGCUAGAUAGUCGCUGUUGCUGCUUCUUGUGUAGGUAAAACACACUGGUUAUUCGGACAGGCUUCAGGUUAAUUUUGACAAGGGCUUUUCUUUCUUGACAGAUCUCCCUCUAAAAGCAUUGCUAAGCUACCCCCCAGGUCUAUGUAGAGCUGUAACACCCGUCUGUCUCACCUGGGUGUCAGCAGAAUGUCAGUGGAUCCACUUCUCUCCUGCCGUAAUGCCACUGAUGUCCAAGGAGCUGCAGCAGCAGAGUUUCACCCAAUAUUCUUAGAAGUUAUAACACAGGUUUUGAAAAGGAAGAGGCUAAAGAUUUGCAAAGCUGACUAGGGGAUUUAGUCACACAGCUCCCAUUGAAAUGAAAAUCUCACCAAACAGCUGCUCUCUCCUUCCCCAGCACCCUUGGGAGAAGAGGGAUUCUCCACUGGCCUUGCCUUCCCCUGCUAAGGAAAUCAGGCACAUCCAGUGCUUUUCCCAGGGGCAUUCACACGCAUCCCAGAAAUACAGUGAGGGAGAAACCAGCCUGAAUGCAGCCUUUUAGCCAGCAGAAGCAUCAGGGUUACUUAGGCCUGGUCUAUAGAGCCACCCAGCUACACUGCUCAGGGAUGUGAAAAAUCCACCCCCCUGAGCAACGUAGUGAAGCCGACGUAACCCCCAGGUACAGACAGUGCUAGGUCAAUGGAAGAAUUUGUCCAUCAACCUUGUCACCAUCUCUUGAGGAGGUGGAUUGGCGACAGCGAUGGAAGAAUUCCUCCUGCCGGCGUAGGUAGUAUCCACACUGAAGGGCUGCAGCAGCACAGCUGUGCCACCGAAGCGUUUCACAUGUAGACAAGCCCUUAGGUUUGUUCAAGCGAUGAGAGCACACGCUCCCCAGGAGCUAGUAGCAGGGGGAGGGGAGGCAGCGGCAGCACAGGGCAGGAUGUGGCACUCCAAGUAGAUUUGCUUGAGCAACAAAUAGAGAAUUCUGGAGAAGGUAGGGGCCAAACUCUGGUCUCAGUUACAAAGCCAGAGAACCAAUUCUGCCAGUCUUACUCACAGGAGCAAUCCCUGCUCAUGUGAGUAGCCCCACUGAUUUCUAUGGCCCACAUCCUCAAGGGCAUGUCAUUGCCUAACUUCAGUGGGAGCUAGACCCCUACAUACCUUUGGGGAUCUGGCCCUAUGUGCUUAUUUGCGUGAUCAAGGCCUGGCAGGUUUGGGCUCCGAUGUUUGUGGGUUUCUACCAGGGAAACUAAGGCUGGAAUCAGACCUGAGAUGUACAUUGUAAAACCGAAUGCCUUAAAUGUGUAUCGCCACCCUCUGAAUUUAUCUCUCAGAGUUAUUGCAAAUUCAAUAAACCGUGGCUGCUUGCUCCUGUUAUAGACAUACAGUAACAACGAAGGCAGAAUUACUGAAGUUGUGACCAUGUGACAGA